AUCAAAGCACUUUAUUUAAGAUGAAUAGCAAAACAAAAGUAGAAAAAAUUUAGUUUCUUGGAAGAGGAUAAAUCACUUAUGUUACUCAAUCUGGGAUCUGCAGAAUCUGAUUCAUCCUUUGUCCUGGAAAUAAGUCAGAGAAGUUCAGUUCAUGAAUCUGGUUUAAACUCUAGCGACGCGGAAUUUCAUAGUCCAACAUUAAAAAAUAUGAUGGAACUAGAAAGUGAAGCAGUGGAACAAGAAAAUGGAGAUUUCUCACAAGAACAAGUAGAGUCUCUUCCGGAUGUUAUAGAUGAGGAAGUUAUUGGCAUCAUCACAAUGGAAGAUGUCAUGGAGGAACUGUUACAGGGAGACAUACUGGAUGAAACUGAUGAAUAUGUUCAUGUUCAAAAGAACAUUAGAAUUAACCUGCUGCAAUCACUAAGGUCACAAUCAAGAUCAUCAAGGAGGGCUUCUGGUUCUGGUCAUCGUUAAAGAACUUUCUAACUAUUUAUUUGGUUACAACAUCAUGAUUUUGAUUUUCUAGGUAUCAACAGAAUAUAAUUCAAAUACGUUAACAGUGAAAAUAUCUUGAAU